UAACGUCUAAGUGUUCUGAAUUUGUUUGUUUGCAACAAACAUCUGUGUUUGAGAAUGUGGUUUGAUGAGAGGGCCGUUUGAGGAUGCUUGUUGUGACCGAGCACUUUUACCGAAAGUUUGGACGUGCGAACUUUCAAAAGGGCGGCGAGUCGAAACAGGAAGUGGACUACUAGCUAGAUAGCCAGUUAUCUAACGUUAGUUAAUUUUUUGGUUUAUGGGUACCUUUUUUUUUUUUUUUAUCUGUUUGACAACUGCUAACCAAAUUGUACUUUUAGCAGACUAUAAUUAGUUUUAAUUUUGUCCCUGCUGACAACGGAUAUAAUCUUGCACUUCAAACCAAAAUGUAUUAGCACUGUGAUCAUCCUCAUCAUGCCCAUCGACUUUGGUAGUGCUGCUCUGCAAACGCAACAUGAGGAGGAGGAUGACCCAGAGGACUAUGCCAGAGAGCAAGAGCUGAAGUUGGUACAUUUUCUUCAGUUCUGUUGAUAACUGCCUGAGUGGGACUGUGGGACAUUAUGGGUCCUGCUCUGGUUGGGGAUAUGCAUCCUAUGGUUGAGGACACAGUGGAAGAUGUAAGAAACAUCCAACAGUCCUUAUGGGAACUCCACAAGCUGCUGACUGACCUGCCUGAUGACAUGCUGGAGGACAGCAGAGAUUCCUCCUCUCCGGAGCUGGACUGCUCUGCCUGCAGCAACACAGACACGUGCAACAGACAACAACAGCAGCCUAUGUGGAACCACCAACAAACUGAAUGGUCCGAUCACCAAACACCUGCCUCGCAUGAAAAGAACUAUGAGGAGGUCUAUAACCACAGCUCCUACCAUGAUGAGAAUCCCUACGAGGAGGCAGCUGGGGCUAGGCAGAUCAACGGCCAUGCCAGUCACACCCAACAGAGCCACCCUCCUAGACGCCAACCCCAGGCCUGGAACCAGGAAGGACAGACAGAGUACCUGCAGGAAUACCAGCGGUACACUCGUAGCGAUGGUUACACGUACAGCAGCGUGGAUACCGAGCAUGCUGCAGCAGACGGCCCUGAUUUCUCCACAGAGGAGGAGGAGGAGGGGUAUGGAGAUGAGCUGUACCCACGUGGAGCUGUUCUCCCUGGGGUGGACUACCAAGUUGUGGGGGGACAGAGGGAUGAGCAGAGCUACGCUGGUGGGGAUCAGAACAACACCAGGGAACAUGUCCAAGAGGAGGUGGUCCAGUGUCUGCGUGAUCAGGUGAGGCAGCAGGAGAGACGCGGAGAGGAGGAGCAGGUGGAGAGAGCAGGAGUCAUCAACGCCCUCACACAGAGCCAACCGCAGAGCCAACAGCAGGGUGCCAAACUGCUCCAGACGGGUUCAGUGCAGGAGAUGGGCCAGCUGCAAAUCAAACUACAGCAGACUCAGUCGGCCAAGACCGUGAGCGAGGACAUGAACAAAGCCUUGCAGCUGAACACUCUAGAAGAGAAGCUCAGAGUAGACCUGGAGAUCCAGCACCAGGAGACAGUGACCCAGCUCAGAGCAGACCUGGAGACCCAGCACCAGGAGACAGUGACCCAGCUCAGAGCAGACCUGGAGACCCAGCACCAGGAGACAGUGACCCAGCUCAGAGCAGACCUGGAGACCCAGCACCAGGAGACAGUGACCCAGCUCAGAGCAGACCUGGAGACCCAGCACCAGGAGACAGUGACCCAGCUCAGAGCAGACCUGGAGACCCAGCACCAGGAGACAGUGACCCAGCUCAGAGCAGACCUGGAGACCCAGCACCAGGAGACAGUGACCCAGCUCAGAGCAGACCUGGAGACCCAGCACCAGGAGACAGUGACCCAGCUCAGAGCAGACCUGGAGACCCAGCACCAGGAGACAGUGACCCAGCUCAGAGCAGACCUGGAGACCCAGCACCAGGAGACAGUGACCCAGCUCAGAGCAGACCUGGAGACCCAGCACCAGGAGACAGUGACCCAGCUCAGAGCAGACCUGGAGACCCAGCACCAGGAGACAGUGACCCAGCUCAGAGCAGACCUGGAGACCCAGCACCAGGAGACAGUGACCCAGCUCAGAGCCCUGUGGGCUGAAGAGAAGGACAAGGAGGUCAGACAACAGGUCCAAACCCAGCUGACCAAGUCCAAGGCUAGAUGGAAGGAGAAGGUUGAAGGAGCAGUAAGCAGAGCCUAUUGCCGCUGGCUCCAGGACCUCCCCUCGCUGCCGGAGUACAAGGUGGCUCUCCAGAGAGAACGAGAGAAGUGGGAGAAGGUACAGGAGCAACAUGUUCAACAACAGAUGUCCCUAGUCCUGACUGCAGCAGAGGAGAGGUGGCAGGAGGAGAGGCCUAGGAGUUCAGGAGAAGUCCAGAAGGUUGAGGAGAUGCAGCGCUGCAGGCAGCUGGAGGAGCAUCUGAAGACUGAGGUGGCACAUCUGCAGAGCCAGGUGGACCGUGAGAGGGAGGAGAAAGCUGCUCUGCUGAAAGCAGAGAUGGCUGCAGCCAGAGCCUCCUGGAGCAGAGAUAAACAGCAGGAGAUUUCCUCACUGCAGGCCUUCCAGGAGGAGCAGCUGAAACAGGCCCGGGAUGAGGCGCAGGGGGAAGUGGCGCUCCUCCUUCAGAAGGAGGCUGAGCUGCAGCAGGCUCUGAGGGACCAAGAGGAAGACUGGAGGAGACUGGAGGAGAGCAGGGGCCAGGAGCAUAGGCAGGCCAGAGAGGAGGUGCUCCAGGAGCUUCAGGCUGGGCUGAAGGAGGUGCAGACUGUGCUCCUCAGAGGAGGAGCCCACAAAGAGAAGGAGAAUGGUGGGGAGGUGGAAGGGAGGUGGAGGACCAGUGGAAGCAUAAAAGAACUCCUCAUGUCUACAUGUAAAUACCUCAUCUCUAAAGCUGUAGCCCAGGCCGAGAACGAGUGGAAAAAGAUCAGUGAGGAGGGGCUUGGCCGGGUGCUGAAGGAAAGUCAGGAGCGCCAUGAGAAAGAACUCAACCAGAUUCAUAGCUCCACUGAUCACAAGGGAGAAAAGAGUGGUUGUGGGAAGCAGUGUGCUGAGAACGUGUCCGAGCUGCAGAAGAAGAGUCAGGACCUCCGGAGGCAUCUAGAGAAUGCCUGCAGACAGCUACAGGACACAGUCAAGGAGAACAAGGCCUCCAUGCAGCACCUCAAAGAUGAUCAUGAGGUGGCACUAUGGAAGGAGAAAGAGCACAACCUGCAGGAACUGGAGAAAGUGAAAAGAUCUGCAGCCAAAGAAUCCUCUGGAGGAUCGGAUAUGGAGCAGCGUUUCCAUGCUGGCCUUGAACAGAUGAAGGAGCAGUACAUGAAGGCUGUUGAAAAAAUCAGAGGUGACAUGCUACGCUACCUUCAGCAGAGUAAAGAGCGAGCAGCGGAGAUGAUCCGUGUCGAGGUGCUGAGAGAGAGGCAGGACACAGCCAGGAAGAUGAGACGCGACUAUCUCACCUGUCUACAGGAACUUCUAGAAGACGGGGGGCAGGCCACAGGGGCUGAGAAGAAAAUCAUUAACGUUGCAAGUAAGCUUGCAGCCAUGGCCAAAGUGUUGGAGAGCCCUACCAAGAGGACGAGGAAAAAGAGCCACGGCUUACCGGGCUCGUCGUUAAAGACCGAGGCAGCUAUUGGCAGCCAUCCAAGCAAUGCUUUUGGCUCUACCUCUAUUAAAACCCAAUGUCCAGCUAGCCAUCUCCCUGAGACCACCAGGUCUGGUCGUGGUGAGGGGAGAACCCUGAAGACCAAGAUGGACUCUGACCUUCACUCCAAAACCACCUCAGCUGCAGUCAAGACCACCAGAAAUACUAGGACAAUGAGUAAACCCACCCACCAGGAGACCCUGACCAAUGGAAAAGAGAAAGGAGCCCCUGCAAACACGGCAGGGAAACCCCAUAUAUCUUCAGGACUCUUCCUCUCACUUCCUCCUCACAAACCCUCUCAUCAGAUCGGUCAAACCUUCCUUGACUGUUACCGUGGUGAUUUUACUAACGUUACUCUAAGGACCCAGACCAGCAGGGAGCUAUACCUGCAGGGGGCGGAGUCGGGGAGGUCAGACGAUGACAACUUCCUGUGUCACCGUAGUAACACUAAAACCUCCCUGGUUCAGGAGCUUCCCGUUAGAGACGGAAGAGGAACGCGUGAUUGGAGUAUGUCCAGUAAUGGGUCCCAAGAUGGCCGCCACAUCCUCGCAGUUAACUCUUACCCAGACAGAAAAAUGGAAACCGUUCCCUCUGCGUGGACCUUCUUCAACCGAUGACCUGAGUGAUUUUAAGGUAGACAACUCUGACAUGACAGUUUAUAAAGAGAUAUUCCGUCCCACACCCGCCAAAGCCUCAAAUUUCCCCUGUGUCCUGCCUCAGACCAAAGCUUUGACUCAGUCUGUCCCCAGUAUUUUUUUUAUUUCUUAUAAAUGUAACCUUUUUAUUUAACUAGGCAAGUCAGUUAAGACUAGUGGUAGUAGAUCUAGUCACAGAGAGCCUAGCCUGUCCCUGGCUCUGAGGGGGACCGGCAGAACCAGUUCCAGAACAGGCUGUGUUCUAAGAGUCUGGUCUCUGAGCUGAAGCUGAGCCAACCGCAGGACAGUGGUUAUGACAGUCCGUUCUCUCAUCAGAGGAGACUGCACUCCUCCUCUACUUUUCAGAAGUGAUAUAAAGGGAGGGAAUGGAGUAAGUGAAGAUUGGAGUGAGCCUUGAAUUUGUGUUUUUGGUUCAUCUUCACAUGAUUGGAUGUGGGGAAUGACUGCGAGACCGUCGUGACUGCGAGGCCCGUCGUGACUGCGAGGCCCGUCGUGACUGCGAGGCCCGUCGUGACUGCGAGGCCCGUCGUGACUGCGAGGCCCGUCGUGACUGCGAGGCCCGUCGUGACUGCGAGGCCCGUCGUGACUGCGAGGCCCGUCGUGACUGCGAGGCUGCCGUGAGUUCAAGUAAACACCCAGUUAGUGUGUGUUAGGACCAAUAGCUAUCUUUGUUUGCAUUGAAAAACUGAUGAAAACAUACAACCUUGUGUGCCUGGCUUCUAUUCAAUGAUUACCACAUUUCUAAACCCGUUACAAUUCUUCUGUGUGUCUGUUUUUUUUUAAUGGAGAGUUAUCUGUACCGAUGUAUUUUAUAUCAAGGUUGUGAGAGAUGCUGUGCAUAGAGCAAACAAACUAUUUAAUAAUGUUGCAUUCAUAUAAUUUAUAAUUAAAUGUUUUUCUCUUGCUUGUUUUAUCUUACCGAUAAUGACAAUAUUUAGAAUUGUCAUUAUCAAGAAUUCUGUAUUUUCUAAGGGGUUCUAUUCACUUGUCUGUUCACAGUGAAAAGUCUGAGAAACAUGCCAGUAAAAGGUAUAUUGUCUCUCCUAUAGUCUUCGGCAUUCCACCACCAUGCCUACCUUCCACUUACAUCAUGUGUAAUAAUUGUUCUACCUGACAGCCAGGCCAAUAGAUUUGUCAUUUAACUCAUGUGAAGGUCUCACCUCCUCUCCAGCCUAACCACGUUAUGAAUAAUACUUUUGGCUUCUUUGCUUUUACUUUAGAUUAUUUUUUUUUUAUUUGAUCAUUUUCCUUUCUACAUGAUGUACAUGGUCAGGACCUCAUUGAUCGGAUGUUGUCUAUCAAAAAAAUCAGAGAGAAGAAGAAGUAGACAAUUCUACGAAAAGGACACCCCUACAAACCAUUCAUUCUAUUUACGGAUCAGCAGCGCAACAAACUUACCGGAGUCUUGCUGCAACACAAACAUCAAAAAGGGGGAUAUGGUUUUCUUAAGAAAUAUGCCGUUUUUAUUUUUUUAUCUGUGUAUUUGGUUGGGAUUGGUUUAAAAUAGGAUGUUCCGCUGCAUUUCUGGAGUACACGAUAAUAUUAAAAUCAUUGUUUGUAUUACUUGUUCCCUUAGUGAAGCUAAUGUAUUGAUUGCAGCUGAAGGUACAGUAUCAUCAUUCCUCUUCGAAAAUGUGUAGAUCCGUCAGUGGUGUAGUGGAGGGUAUAGGAUGGUAUACACCGUUCACCCACUUAUUAACAUACUGUGGGAUGAGAUAGGUAUAAAGUUAAGAAUAGAGAAUCUAGACCUACAACAGUCAAAUUAUUUGGCAUAAAUAGAAGCAAGCACCAACAGCUUGAUUUAAAACAGAUGUGAAAGCUUAUUUACAAUAUUAGAGGGAAUAUACCCAUGAUGAGAACAGAAUUGGAUAAAUUACAACAAAUAUUAGCCACCACUUGCGUGUGGGUCACUAUUUUUAAAAUCAAUAUGGACAGCGCCCGGUGCUGCAAGUUGAUGAUGAAAGUUCACGAACCAGAGGGGCUUGUUGCACUAAGAAAUAAACCGUAGGUUUACCUGUUUGACAGACGCAAUUAUGUUUCCCAUACAUUUUGACGGUGUAGUUAUUUUCCUCCAAUGCUGUCACCAUGCACUCCUUAAUAAAUUACUUGCCUAGUUAAAUAAAACAAAAAAAAAAAAAUUGUCCUACCUC